UUCCCGGAAGUAAACAAGCAGUGGAGCGAAAGUGCCGGACCGCACGAGAUAAAUCACAAAAAACAAUGUCUUUAACGAUUUUGGCCUCUGCUUGCAGGCUGAAGCCUCUUCACAGACUGCAGAGAAUUCAGGGUCACAUGAUGUCGAGUCACGCGGAACCAGAGGUUCUCCUGGAGAAAGUGGGCAAAGCCGGCCUGAUCACCAUGAACAGACCCAAAGUCCUCAACGCCCUCAACCUGACCAUGAUCCGACAAAUGUAUCCUCAAUUAAAGAAAUGGGAGAAGGACGAUGAUACGGACUUGGUGAUUAUUAAAGGAACGGGAGGAAAAGCCUUUUGUGCCGGUGGAGACAUCAGAGCCGUCACAGACGCAGGGAAAGUCGGCGGCUCUCUGGCGCAGGACUUUUUUCGUGAGGAAUAUAUUCUGAACAACGCUAUAGGAGCCUACAGGAAGCCAUUUGUUGCUAUUAUUGAUGGUAUAACAAUGGGAGGGGGUGUCGGUCUGUCGGUUCAUGGAAGGUUCCGGGUCGCCACAGAGAAAACGCUGUUCGCCAUGCCAGAAACUGCCAUCGGGCUUUUCCCUGACGUGGGAGGCGGCUACUUCCUGCCGAGGCUGCGGGGGAAGCUGGGACUGUUUCUGGCGUUGACGGGCUUCCGACUGAAGGGACGAGACGUGCAGAGAGCUGGAGUUGCCACUCACUUUGUUGAAUCCAAGAAGAUCCCAGAACUGGAGAAGGAGCUGGUGGAUUUAAAGUGUCCCCAAGAUGAAGAUGUCUCCAAACUGCUGGAGUCUUUCCAGAACCAGAGCAGUCUGGACGCCGAUAAGCCUUUUGUCUUGGACAAACACAUUUCUGAUAUUGACAGGCUGUUCAGCUCCAGCAGCGUGGAGGGAAUCGUGCAGAACCUGAAGGCAGACGGUUCAGAGUUUGCUACGAGACAAGCCGAGAUCCUGACCAAAAUGUCUCCGACGUCCCUGAAGUUGACGUUCAGGCAGCUGCAGCGGGGUGGAACCAUGAGUCUGCAGGACGUGCUGGUGAUGGAGUACCGACUGAGCCAGGCCUGCAUGAGAGGCUGCGAUUUCUACGAGGGCGUACGAGCCGUCCUGGUGGACAAAGACCAGAACCCCAAGUGGAAUCCGCCGUCGCUGGCCCAGGUUUCCGACCAGAGCGUGGACGAGUGUUUCUCCUCGCUGGGCGAGAAGGACCUGACGUUCUGAUGUUUGUCAGCUGCUUCCCACCUUCUCUAAACAACCGCUUCCUGCUCUCGGCUGCUUUCGUGGUCGCUUAUUUCGGAGGACUCUGCUGCUGUGGUUUGAAGAAAGCUGCACGACUGACGAGACGUACAUCUUUGGGAUGACUUGAGUUUUCCAACAUAGGUCUGGUUCCUACUUGGCAAACCAGAAAUCAAAAAGUGUUCGCCGAAUAAAGGAGCUGGCAUCGACUGAAUGUGAAUAUUUGGUGACGGUGGAGAGUUUGCAGCCCAGCUUCACCACGAGGACACGGGAGGGGGAACUGAUCUCACCGCUGAGUGCUUUAUUAUGUUUCCCGUGGGCGUUUGUUGACGUGACACGGAUCCGUAUCAUCUGUAU